GGAAGAGCUGUCGCCAUGUUGUCGGUUGCCGCCCGCUCGGGCCCGUUCGCGCCCGUCCUGUCGGCCACGUCCCGCGGGGUGGCGGGCGCGCUACGGCCCCUGGUGCAGGCCUCAGUGCCCCCCACCUCGGAGCCACCUGUGCUGGACCUGAAGCGGCCCUUCCUGUGCCGGGAGUCGCUGAGUGGGCAGGCCGCGGCCCGGCCUCUGGUGGCCUCCGUGGGCCUCAAUGUCCCUGCUUCUGUUCGUUAUUCCCAUACAGACAUCAGAGUGCCCGACUUCUCUGACUACCGUCGUGCCGACGUUUUAGAUAGUACCAAGUCUUCCAAAGAGAGCAGCGAGGCUAGAAAAAGCUUCUCCUAUUUGAUAACUGCAGCCACCACCGUGGGUGUCGCAUAUGCUGCCAAGAAUGUGGUCUCCCAGUUUGUUUCCAGCAUGAGUGCUUCAGCCGAUGUGUUGGCCAUGUCGAAAAUCGAAAUCAAGUUGUCCGAUAUUCCAGAAGGCAAGAACAUGACCUUCAAAUGGAGAGGCAAACCCCUGUUUGUCCGUCACAGAACCCAGAAAGAAAUUGAACAGGAAGCUGCUGUCGAAGUGUCCAAGUUGAGGGACCCACAGCAUGACUUAGAGCGAGUACAGAAGCCUGAAUGGAUUAUCCUGAUUGGUGUUUGCACGCAUCUCGGUUGUGUGCCUAUCGCAAAUGCAGGCGAUUUUGGUGGUUAUUACUGCCCUUGCCAUGGGUCACACUAUGAUGCAUCUGGCAGGAUCAGGAGGGGGCCCGCGCCUCUCAACCUGGAAGUUCCGUCAUAUCAGUUCACCAGCAAUGAUAUGGUUGUGGUUGGGUAGAGACUCGAACUCACAUCAGAGGCUGCAUCAGUCUUCAUGCCACCUUAGGAGAGUUAUUUGAGAGCAGGCCUCCUGCACUACAAGUUGGUUGAUUGGAAAUACUUAAGAAUUGCUAAUAAUGUAUUUGCAAACAUUGUGAAGUAAAUUGAAUCUAAUGUUGAAUACUUCCAAGCAUUUACCUAAUAAAACCACUGUUAAACAUUGUUACGCUCAGUCAUAGACUUGAAAAGUACUGUGUCUUUGAUAGUUAAUUCUAAUUAAAAAUACAGGCUGGUUACGAGA